UGUUACUUGGUUAGACCGUCCACUUUGCAAAACAUGAGAGGCUAUAACAUUGUUGGAGUACUUGGAAUGUUCGCACUCCUUGUAAGUGCGACGGCUUCGUCGGGAGAGGAUACCACCAUUGAGAGUACAACAGAUGAAACUACCACUGGGGAGUUGACUACGGAGGAGGCAUCUACGGAGGUUCCCGACACAACACUACCACCUCCACCAUCACCAGUUCUCUGUCCUGAUGGAGAACUAUUUCUCCCAGCACCUGACUGUACACAGUACUAUCAAUGCCUCUACGGUGAGGGAAUUUUGAAACUGUGCCCUGACGGUCUCUAUUGGGAUCGUGAGCUGAAUGUAUGUGCCUGGGACUCACAGUACUGUAAUGUCGAAGAAAACACGGAGGCUCCGGCCUUGAGCUGUUCAUCUGGCUUCCAAUUUUUGCCCUAUGCUCCUGACUGUACCAAGUUCAUUCAGUGUGUCUACAACAUUGGGAUCAAGCUGAGCUGCCCAAGUGGGCUGUACUGGAACCAACCACUUCAGGCGUGUGACUAUACCUGCGACAAUGCAGUCGAGUUCUCCAAUGACUUCCAGGUGCAAUAACCGCCAGUAAGAGAGGUAGUAUUUUGUAACACACCCGAAUUGUACAUAAAUACUAAUCGAAAUAAAGGAAUACCAAUUCAACGUAAUUGGUUUUUAGCAGAC